GGCCCGUUAUCAGUAUCAGUCGCGAACCGCAAACGGUCGGGUGUGCAAUCUCUCUCUGCGUGUCCUCUCCCAUUCAUCUUUUCGGUGGUUCAUUUUGGCGGGACGACGACUCUUUGUGUGUUUCGCGCGUGCGUACAGUGUGAUCACUUGUUGAACGACCACAAAGUUUUUGGUUCAUCAAACAAAAAACAUGCCCGGCAAGGAGCAUCCGCAUUUUCGGUAGUAUAGUAGUGGUUGCGAUAGUGUAAUUUUUAGUUGAGGAUAUACUCGAGUGAUUGGCAGAAAAGCAGUGUAGAAAGUAUUUGCUCAAUCCACAACCAUGGCGAUCGACGGCAACCGUAUCAGGGGCUGCAUCCACAAAAACCUGCUCACCAUCCUCACGGUGGUGGGCGUGCUUGGUGGCACGGCGGUGGGUCUGCUGAUCAGGGCCAUGUCUUCCUCGCCGUGGACCAACCGAGAGGUAAUGUACCUGGCCUUCCCCGGCGAGAUGUUCCUGCGGAUGCUCAAACUGCUCAUCAUUCCGUUGCUGAUGGCGUCGGUGAUAUCGGCCAUCGGGUCGCUGGAUCUGAGUUUGUCGAAAAAGAUAGCGAUAAGAUCGAUAUUAUAUUAUGCGACUACCACCAUAUGCGCUGUGAUUUUGGGUAUCAUCUUGGUGGUGUUGAUACGACCUGGUGUGGGUGCACUCCCAUGGAAACCAGCCAGCGAAGAUGACUCCAGCAGGGUACUUACACGACACGUACUCACUCAAGACACCUUACUAGAUCUAGUCAGAAAUGUAUUUCCCCCUAACUUAGUCCAGGCCUGUAUAGCCCAGUCACAAACAUUCCUUCACGAACCCAAUGUUCUAACAUUGUACAAAAACGGUAAUGCCGAAAUACUCAGAGCCAUAGUGGGCAAUUCUACGUUGGAUGCGGAAUUCAAACACGCCAUUUUCGAAUCUCUAUCUUCCCUCGAAAGGAGGAGGCCCAUCAAUUCAUCUUUGCUGAGGCAGCUGGAAAAAAUCGGCUAUAACGCCACCCACUAUGGUCACGUUGAAUUGGAAGAUAUAUACGCCGCAGAUAAGUGGAAGUUUGAGGAAAGGUAUGAAAGUACCACGAACGUACUGGGUCUGGUCACAUUUUCCAUCGUUUUUGGUAUUGCUAUGGGCCAGCUAGGAGAACAAGGAAAAAUAUUGCUCACGUUUUUCCACGCUUUGAGCGAAGCCAUGAUGAUUAUUACUAGUUGGGUUAUCUGGGCAUCGCCUCUUGGUGUAUUUUUCUUGGUUGCCGCAAAAGUACUGGAAAUAUCCAGUUUUGCAGACCUUAUAGGCCGAUUAGGGUUGUACUUCAUGACAGUACUGUUAGGGUUGUUUAUACACGGAUUCGUCACGUUGUCCGUCAUAUACUUUGUGGCUUUGCGCAAGUUACCCUUCAAAGUUAUCGGACAAUUGAGUCAAGUACUGGUAACCGCUUUUGGUACUGCCUCUAGUUCAGCAACGAUGCCUAUCACGAUACAAACAAUGGACAAGAUGGGUUUGGAUCCCAGAGUCACCAGAUUCGUGAUACCUAUCGGUGCUACCAUCAACAUGGACGGUACAGCCCUUUAUGAAGCUGUAGCGGCCAUUUUUAUUGCUCAACUCAACAACAUUGAUCUUGGUUUUGGCAAAACGGUUGCUGUGUGUUUGACGGCGACGGCGGCGAGCAUAGGGGCCGCGGGGAUUCCCCAGGCCGGCCUCGUCACCAUGGUGAUGGUGCUGGACACGGUGGGCCUGCCUGCGGACGCGGUGAUUAACAUUGUGGCGGUGGACUGGCUGCUUGAUCGAUUCCGUACAACGAUCAACGUCAUGUGCGACUGCUUAGGAGCGCGAUUGGUGGACCUGCUCAGCGUGGGAGAAUUGUCAGGAAAGCCGGCAACCGUGACGGCGCAGGAUCGACUGAACGCGGAAGUGCACGAAUUGACGGAAAUUGCCAAACCCGACCACCAACAUCUGUAGACUUAAACCGCUGUCAACAUUAUCUUUGCGGCGGCUUCACUGUAAUAUUAAAUAAUUCGGGUUACCAAAAAACAAACACUUAUUAAUCAAAAUAUAUCUUCUAAGGUAAAAAUGACGGAAAAAUCAUAAAAAUAAAAAAUUAAAA